GAUUUGUUUGGUUUCGCUCAAGCAAAGUCGGUGAUUAACGGAUUGGUAACUAUAAUGGGAAAGAAAAACUAAAACUCGAAGGAGAAAAGGGAACCAGGAAAGAGCUGGCUGGUUCUUGGAUCGUGACCGCUCCUCCACUCUAUUACUCUCAGAUUUUGUGCCCCAAGAAGUGCCAAGCUCGUGAGCUGUUAAAAGAUCUGUUCUUUCUGCGUUUCCCGCUAAUGGCGAAACUUCAGUCUCGCGCCGGCUUAGUUUCCCCCUGAAGAUAUCGACGCGGCAUAGCCUCGGAUUGAAAUCGACGGGGUGACGGGAACAGAGAAGAAAGGGAAGAUGGGGGGCUUUUCAAUGGGUUCAGCUUUCAAUUCCAGGUCGGGGCUACUGAUAAUGGUGGCACUUAUGUUAAUGGCGGGCUCUUUCUACUUUGGUACUCUUUUGGGAAACAAUGCGUCAAUUUAUGUCUCUCAGCUCACCUCCAAUUCCUCUUCCUCCUCGUCUAUCUCUGUCCCUGGAAGCUCCACGUUUACUAACAAAGUUGCUCUUACUUACCGAGAAACGCCAUUGACGAUUCCAGAAAGUGGGGUGAAUGUGUGCCCACUGAAGUUCAACGAGUACAUACCAUGCCAUGACAUUGCCUAUGUUCAUACUUUGCUCCGAAGCUUGAAUGUUUCCAGAAGAGAGGAACUUGAACGACAUUGUCCUCCACCUGAUAAGCGGUUAUUCUGCUUAGUACCACCGCCAGAAGACUAUAGGUUACCUAUAAAAUGGCCAAUCAGCCGAGAUUAUGUAUGGCGAAGCAAUGUGAAUCAUACUCAUCUUGCUGAGGUGAAAGGAGGACAGAAUUGGGUUCAUGAGAAGGAUCAGCUCUGGUGGUUCCCUGGUGGAGGCACUCAUUUCAAGCAUGGUGCACCUGAGUAUAUACAGAGGUUAGGAAAUCUGACAACUAAUGAAACGGGUGAUCUACGUUCAGCUGGAGUUUUCCAAGUUCUUGAUGUUGGCUGUGGUGUUGCCAGCUUCUCGGCUUAUCUCCUCCCUCUAGAUAUUCAUACUAUGUCAUUUGCACCCAAAGAUGGUCAUGAGAAUCAGAUUCAAUUUGCUCUAGAGAGAGGAAUUGGUGCUAUGAUAUCUGCCAUAGCUACAAAGCAACUUCCGUAUCCACCUAAUUCUUUCGAGAUGGUUCAUUGUUCGAGAUGCCGUGUAGAUUGGCAUGAGAAUGAUGGCAUUUUACUCAAAGAAGUUAAUCGUAUUCUGCGCUACAAUGGAUACUUCAUCUAUUCCGCUCCACCUGCAUACAGAAAGGAUAAGGAUUUCCCAGUGAUCUGGGAUAAGUUGGUGAGUCUGACAUCAGCAAUGUGCUGGAAGCUCAUUGCUCGAAAAGUUCAAACUGCUGUAUGGAUUAAACAGGAAGACGAUGCUUGCCUCCAGCAAAAUGCUGAGGCAAAACUCAUAGAUAUCUGUGAUUCAGUUGAUGAUUUAAAAUCUUCAUGGAACACGCCAUUAAGAAGCUGUAUAACAACCCAUGCACAGACAGCUUCCCAAAAUUUACCUCCUAGGCCUCAACGCCUUUCAGUAUAUUCACAGAGUCUUGGCAGAAUAGGUAUCAGUGUUGAGGUAUUCACGGAAGAUUCCCAAUUUUGGCAAGAUCAAGUCCGUAAUUAUUGGAAGCUGAUGAAUGUGAAGGGGACAGAGAUAAGAAACGUCAUGGAUAUGAACGCAUAUCUAGGAGGUUUCUCUGCCGCUUUAAGCAAAAGGCCUGUUUGGGUGAUGAAUGUGGUUCCUAUGACCAUGAAUAAUACUUUGUCCGCAAUUUAUGACCGUGGAUUGUUGGGUGUCUUCCAUGACUGGUGUGAGCCAUUCUCCACGUAUCCACGUACUUAUGAUUUACUGCAUGCAAACCAUCUACUCAGUCACUAUAAGAACCAUGGAGAAAGCUGUAAAGUAGAAGAUAUAAUGCUGGAGAUGGAUCGUAUGCUACGCCCUCAGGGAUUUGUGAUUAUUAGGGACGAUGAAUCAAUCACAUCGAGGAUACGUGAUUUAGCUCCGAAGUUCUUGUGGGAAGUUGAAUCACACAGUCUGCAGAACAAGGCGAAGAAGGAUGAAACUGUGUUGAUCUGCAGGAAGAAAUUUUGGUCCAUUGUUUGAGGUGAACGUUCUUCGACGACGAGACCUGCCAGCUUACUAUCUAUACACGGUACAUCUUGAGAAUUUUAGCAAUAGGACAGGUUUGGCCGGCAAUUAGUUUCUGUUCUCAGUUUCCUUUUCUCUGCCCUGGUAUGUCCAUAAUCCUUUUGUGUAUUAUGCAACUCUGUAGAGUAAAACAGUUGAGCUGAUGUAUAAGUAAUCUGCUUAGAGCUUAGGCAAUACCAUUUCUUUUAACUGCACAACUGUCUGCUGGUUUUUGUAUGUCUAAAGAGCUCGACUUACUAAUGUUAUCAUGUUCAUUAUUUAAGCCCAAGUUUGGUUAAAGGAUUAUUCUUUUCUGGAC